CGUCACGUACUUAUGAUAAAGCAGAUUAUUUUCCUUUAGAUAAAGUUUGUUCUUAUGAUGACGGCACAUUGUUAAUUGGCACUCUUAAUAAAUCUGCUCUUGUUAAAUACUACUCAGAUAUACAUAUUCUUUUUACAAAUGGGUCAAUUGCUAAUGUUAGUCUUUCUAGCGUCAAACAUCAAGAAAACUGGACAGUUUUUCAAUAUAAUGUCUUAGAGCCGAAUUUUAUAUUUCUUUUGUACCAACAAUCGAACGGUGUUCAGACUAAUUUAAGUUGGACGAUAAUUGACUGGUUUGGAAAUGUUUUGUUAGAUAACGUAUUUAUAGGACAAAUUGAUGAAAAUAACAUAGAUAUUAUAUCAAAUAUAAGACCAGAAAUGGGAUUUUUGGUGGCACAAACUAAUUAUACUUUUUUAAAAUGGACCAAAUAUAGUUCUCCAUUGAAUGGCAACAUUUCAAUUAUUUCGGAAGGAUACAUUCCCUUUCCCCAAGGUGCUCGGGCUUAUACUUAUACUUAUCUUGCAAGUUUUUUUACACUCAUACCAUUUCAAAGAGUGGAUGGUGGUUAUGGUGUGGUAUAUUGCUUGGUUAAAAGUAACAACAUGUCAAGUCAAAGUGAUCAAACUAAUGUUAAUUCCGCCGUUUUGGUGCAUGUGGCAUUUAUCCCAAAUACUAAUGAUAGUGAAGUAAUUACUCCAUUUCAAAUAUACGAAACAAGAAAUACUUCUAAUGUGGUAAUGUUAGGUUCAUGCCAAUCAAGUCAUGACUCUAAAGGAAACGAUUGCUUAAUCUAUGAAGUAACUGGAAAUGGUAAUGGAUCUCUUCCAACUCCGGGGACAACAAUGGUGUCAUUUCCAUCAUCUGGAUCAGUGACGAAUGAUACACAAAUAUCACUACCCCACACGACUCCAAAUCAAUCGAUUGUUUUUUAUAAUUACUUUCCUUUGUAUUAUGGUGGUUUCCUUGUCGUUAAAUUUUAUCUCGCCUCUAAUGAUACAGUUGGAAUAUCAGGUUACUUGAGCGAUGAUCAACUAUCUACGUUAGAUUUGUGGAAAAUGCCUGACCCUAUAACGAUAAAUAUUAUGGAUGUUUAUGAACGAUUUUCUCUCGGACUCUUGCAAAAUAAUACAUUUUGGAUAGCUGUACAAGGCUUAAAUUGGUCAAUUUUUAGUUUAGAUAUGCCACACUAUUACAAUGAUUCCAUAUUUCAAAACGUUUUGAUCAUAUCAUCUUUUCCGGAAAAUAAUCAGACAUUAGGCCUUCGUUUCACUGAUUCUCUCAAUAUUACUUAUAGGAAUCCUAUCUCUAAAUCAUUAGGAAACAUUUCAAUUUAUCAAUUAUAUGAUAAUGAUACCAAAUUAAGGCAAACUUAUUAUGGAUCGUAUUGUUCAGUUCUUAAUAAUAAAGUAACAAUAAGCUGUGAAAUUUUAUCAAGCACUUUCAACGUUCCCAAUACUUCCUACUUGAUAUCUAUAGAUAAUGGAUUUGUUAAAGAUUUUGGUUCACAAGAACAAAUACGUGGUAUUUCGAAUGGUUCAUGGAUAAUUAAAACUGAACCUAAAAAACUUCCAAAUAUGUAUGGAGAAUUACUUACUGGAACUUUACGGUUGUCUGAAGAGGGAACCAUUUAUUACAAUAAUUUAACAUCUGAUCAACGAUCAUUGUUUAGAGACCGUUUAAGUGAAGAACUAGCCCAAAGUAUUCCUAUAGAUUCUUCAAGGCUAUCUUUUGGACGUGUUAAUUUUGAUCCAGACACUCCAAAAGGACAGCAAUUAUUUGAAUUGAAUAUCUUUGGUACAAAGGACCUAUUUCAACCGAAUAUAGAUCAGAUAAUGAAUGAUUUAAAUGUGUUGAUAAAAAAUAAAUAUAUUACUGUUCUUUCAAAACUUCUACAUACCAGUUAUAUUGAUGAAACAUAUCCGUUUACACUAAACUCAAACUUUUUCAAUGAAAUCAAAGAUAAAUGGUUUAUAUAUGUAUCAGUAUUUAUAGGUUCGAUCAUUCUUUUUUUCGUAGCAAAAGUUUUGACUAAAGAAAUGUCAAAUUAUUAUUUUAAUAAAUGGAUCUCCAAUAAAAAAUUUAUUGCUGCUGCUUUUAUUGCAAUGCUAGCAACCUCAGAUGUUGAAGUACUAUUGAUUUUAAAUUCUCAUUUUUGCGGCCUCGAAGUGUUUAAUGCCCCGUUUUCGAAAAAAGCAAGGGAAUUCAUAUUUAAGUCAAAGAUUUCAAUUAUUGUUCUUUAUACAAUACCAUGGGUAGUUAUUCAAUGUUAUAAUGGGAAUGAUAUAGGUGGGAGAGAAAACGAAAAUGAUAAGAAAAAUGUGAAUAAUAAUGAUGAUGUAG